UAUUAAAGUAAAUAAAUAUAAUACAUGAUGGUGGAACCAAUGAGUACAAAACCACCGGACGGUUUUUGAUGGUACACAAACAUGGCAGCGUACGUAUGCACGAGAUUUUGUAUAAACAAAUUUAAAGACUCGAUUAGAUUUAUUCAGCGACGGUAUCGAGUUAAAACUAAAUGGGCAGCAACAAGGCCCAAGUUUCCAGCCACUGAACUUGCUUUGCACAACUUUGACACAAGCUACAGUAUACAACUAAGGGAUAUUUGGCCCUCAGUUCGAGUUGCCAUGCUUUGUGAACAAAAGUAUGGAGCACUGAUAAACAGCUUUUCUUCAGCACCUAAUCUUAUAACAGAUUUAGAAGCUCAAGGAUGUAAAGACUUCAUCAGUAUUGACCGUUCCAAAAAUGAAGUCCAUCAAUCUUCUCAGAACUUCUCAACCUCACACAGAGAUUCAACAAAGCUGGAACCUGCUUCUCUUCAAUCCAGUAUAUGUCCUGAUAUAAAAUGUCUUGUUUUUCCCCAAGGAGACAUAUCUAGAUUUAAGCCAGCUGGCCCUGACAGCAGUGGCAUAUUGGGAUAUUAUCUGCUGGAUGCUGCCUCAGUGCUACCUGUACUAGCAUUGGACGUCCAGCCAGGACACACAGUACUGGAUCUAUGUGCAGCUCCAGGAGGAAAGACUCUUGCUCUCCUACAGACACAUUCAAUCAAUUAUUUGUGGGCGAACGACCUGUCAGGUUCCCGCACAUUGCGAUUGCACAGGACUCUUCACAGCUACCUGCCUAAAGAGUUUCUGGAUGAAAACAAAAUCCACAUCACUUCCACUGAUGGUCGGCAGUUAGGCAUGACAGAGGAGAAAAGCUUUGACAGAGUGCUUGUAGAUGUCCCCUGCACCACAGACAGACACUCUGCAAUGGUGGAAGAGAACAAUAUUUUUAAGAGGUCCAGGACCAAAGAGAGACAGAAACUUCCCCUCUUGCAAACACAGCUGCUUCUGGCUGGAAUCCAGGCCACGCGGCAGGGAGGACACACAGUGUACUCUACUUGUUCCCUGUCCCAGCUGCAGAAUGAGUGUGUGGUGCAACAGGCCAUAAGUCUCGCUCAGCAGGAGCUGGGAAUUACAGUGCAGGUUCAGGACCUCAGAUGGUUUGCACAACACUUCUCUGACACUUUCCACUUUGCGCCACAGUUAAGUGUUGGGGAGUUGGUUUUACCACACCUGCAUGCCAACUUUGGACCAAUUUAUAUGUGUAAAUUACAACGAAUGAACUAGAUAGACAUUCAGAUAUUAGCUCAAGUAACAUCAUCACACGUAUGUGCUUCAAUAGUGCCCUCUACUGACCAGCCUGAAAGACUGGCAAAAAAACUAAAACGGUGUUGUUUUUCCAGAGUGAAGUUGACUCUGCCCUCCUGUGUACGACAUUGAAAAGCUAAAGCCAUCAUUCAACCUAUGAUGACAAGUCUAAUAAAACAAAUGAUCUGAUUCAGAAUGUAGUGAUUUUGACAUUGGUUUCAAAAACUGUGAAUCCUGUUCAUGGUUAUUCACAUGUUCCCAUGUUUGGCCAGUAGGGGGCGUCCACGGACCUUUAUAGAACUAACUACUAUCUGUUAAAAGUAGGCACAAAUGAGACUGACAUUGUGACUAGCAGCAUGAUUCAAACAGCAAUGUGUCUUCCUGUCAUGGAGAGAGCUUGAACAUGAUGAUAUUUAAUUUUUUUUUUUUUUUUUUCUUUUUUUUUUUUACAGUUAUCUUGAAUGUUAUAUUUAUUUAUAUUAAUGGAACAGUUCAUUUGCCUGACGGAUUCACAGGAAGUCCAUGAACUAUAUAUGAACUAUAUAUAUAUAUAUAUAUAUAUAUAUAUAUAUGUGUAUGUAUAUAUUCAGACUGAGAAGUUUGAGUUUGUCUGUAUACACAGGCAUUUUGAUUGAGUAUUCAGUAGUGUUUAUAACAUAUUCAUUAUAAGGAUAAAGGAUGUCCAUGAGUAGGACGAGCAACGCUCUUAUAAAUGCUGUAUGGGCUGAUGUGUCUGCAGCACUUCUACACCUAAUGUCUGCGCUCCGAGUGUGUCGUUUAGAUUUGGCAUCAGAGGAGUGUUUUGUUUUCUGCGAGCAUAUAAAAGGUUCAAUUUUCCCCCGGUUGUCCAUGAACCUUGCGUCUAUUCCGGGCAAUGUAGCAUGAAAAGGUGUGCGCAUUUUAGGAAGAGGGGCUGACGAGAGCCAUCGACUCCCCGCUAUCAUUAAGCUGCUCGGAAACUGUUCCAUCGGUGCAAGAGUCGAGAUUGGCCAAGCAGUCGUUUACUCGACGGCUUCUCGUUGAACAUUAAGGACGCAAGAGGAUACUAAAAUGGGAUGCUUUCCCCUCGUUUUCCCCUUCGCCUUUUAUUCCACAGAUGAGUGCAGAUAAUUUUCUGUGCGAUUGUGAGUGAUUACUGUAUUACCGCGGUAAUAUAGGGUUAUUUGGGAAUGCAAAGAGAAUUAAUGACACAUAAAAACUAUUUUUGCAUUGACUGCCUCUCUCGGCCGGGAUAUUUCUCCAUGCCUGCAUCUUGUGAUUACCUAAACGUAUUGUAAAUAUGUGUUUCCUAUGGGCUUUUACAUAAAUUUACAUUUUUUAACACUCAGGAGACAGAGGGACCAUUAGGGACGAGUUAUUUUCAUCUAUACGUUUUAUUCAUUAUUGACUUUGACACUGCUGAGGAUGCUGGCAUCUGAUCAUUUGGCGAGCACCUUGCCAAUGAUGUAAAUCGGAUGUAGAUCUUUGUAAUGACAGAAACAUGUCGGGAAUAUCGUCUGGACGCCGAGGCCUUAUAAUGACGGAAUCUCAGAUGUCCGUAGGUGGGUGAAAGUCAUAACGGCUUCCCCUGGAAAAGGCAAACAUGUUUUGUGUUUUGUGGGGGGGAAAAAAUCUACUUAUGAUUCAAUCACACAGCACAGUAUUCUUGCUGGAACUUUUGCAAAGUUUAUUUCAAAACUGCAGGGGCCCUCCAAAAGGUCACGCUCAAUCCUUAGAUUUUCUCGUUUGUAUGUGAGAUUGGUGUACUGAUUAAUUACUAAAAUACAACAGUUAAGAGGAUAGUUUACCCUCUGCUGAACACAACAUAUUUGGGGGAAAAAAUGCUAUGAAGGUCAAUGGGGUUCAUUGAUGUUUUAGACCUGAAUACAAACAGUUCUUCAAAAUAUCUUCUUUUGUGCUCCAAAGAAGAAAUUAAGUUGAUUUAAUUAAUGACACUGAAGUUUUUCCAUUCCUAUAUGACUUUCUUUUUUUCUGUGGAACACAAAAUAGAAUUUAAUAAAAUCAAAAUGAGUUUUGGUUCCAAUUAACGUCAGUUGUACUUUGUACAUGUAAUACAAGUCAGUGGGAACUGAAAUUGAAAACGAAUGAAAGUCCAUCAUAUAGACUUGGAACGACAUGACUACAUUUUAAUUUUCAUGUGGACUAUUCUUUAAAUAAUAUGUUUAUAUUUUAUGCUUCCAGUCCAUAAACCUUCAAAAGUAACAUGCCUAGGAUAUCAGUAAAUCUCUGUGCUCCAUGUUUGUUCUAAUGUCCACAAGCUGUAACAUUGUGUUCACAUAAAGGUAACGCCUGACCUUAGGCGCUUCAGUGAUAAGACAUCUGAUUGUUGUAGGUGGUGGGAAGCUUUGGCCUAAGGCAUAUCCUACUGCUCCGAUUUCUGUGGUAUGAGUCGCAUAUCUGAAGAGCCCAGCAUGAGGCCUCAGCAUUCACUCUUCAGACUGUGGAUCAAGGGUGGGCUGGCCUCAGGACUUUUUAUGAUAGGACAGUCAACUUGGGGGCCAUAUGUCGAAACCAAAUGUGUGUGCAAUGUAAUUAUUUAGUUAUAGUUCAUUUUUAAAAUUGAAUUACAGAUAUUUAAUAUUUUAAAAUGUAAUCCAGGAAUCAAAUUCCUACUAAUGAAACUUGCUUUUUUAAAUUUGAAAUUUAAUCAACACUAUAUUAUAUAAUAUAAAUAACAAUAACAGUAUAAUUUUAGCUUUGCUAUUACAACAAUAAAUUACAUUUUAAAUUAAAUAACAUGCACGGCGCACACACACAUAUACAUAUACAGUGGUGGCCAAAAUUAUUAGAACACUAGUAUUUUCACCAGUUAAAAAAAUUUCUGUUAUUUCUAUCCUUUGCAGUAGUGUGUCAGUAGGAAAUAUCAGUUUACAUUUUGAAACAAUCAUUUUGCCAUUAAUUGUAAUAAUCCAUUCG